UUGUCUUGAAAUAUUUAUUUCGUCUAUGCCCAAGUCAAUGUUCGGUAUUAUAAGUCACAUAAACGGAUAGAAACCAAGAUAGGCUCGUCGUAUACUCUAUUAAAUUUAGAUAAAAUGUUACAUGGCCAGCAAUGAAGGUGGAACUGAUACUUCAGAAAGCCCUUGAAUAUCCCAUUUAAGAGAAACUAAACGUUUCGCCGUGCAUGUUACAGAACAAUGGAUCGAUUCGUUGAAAAAUAAAGAUUCCAUGGUUAGAAACAUGACGACUGCGACUCCCUGUUGAUGACGGCUCGGUCUUAGAGCUGUCAAGGUGUAAAAAAAGAGAGUGAUAAAUAUUUAGAGUCAGACUUAAUAAAGACUGUACUGUAAUAAAACAAUGGCGACUCGAAGUUUAACAGAACCUUUUAUUCUUAUGCGUAACAAUGCAUCACAGACUCGACACAUAUACUCUGAACAAAAUUUGUCGGACAGAAUGGCUCUUGUAGCCCCGGAAUCAAUGACUGGAGGUGACGUCGAGCUAGGGGGUUUGAAUUUGGCUGGAGAUGCACCACCUGCAUGGUCUGAUGCUCUGGAAGAAACCCAAUACAUCCUUAGUAGACUGCGAGCAAAGCUUGCUGAAUUAAAGGAACUUCAUGCAAAGCAUUUGACCAGGCCAACGUUGGAUGACACGUCUCAGGAAGAAAGGCAGAUGGAGCAAUUGACCAGAGAGAUGGGAAGAGCAUUUACAAGUGGCCAUCGGCAAGUGCAACUUAUCAAGACAGCUGCCAGACAAGAAAGUAGAGCAAGUGAACGUCGACUUGCAGCCAGUGCCGCAGUAGCUCUUUCCACUGCUCUCCAGGAGCUGGGGUUAUCCUAUCGAGCUGCGCAAAGCCACUACUUACAGCAAUUGAAUUCGAGAGAAGAAAGAAGUCGGCAGUACUUUGAGGAAGAUCAAGAGUUUGUUUCUGUUGAACCAUCGGAUUCAUGGGCAACAGAUUUAAAGUUUGCCCAGGUUGGUGGAAGUAACUAUGAACAACAACACGAACGGCAGUUGCAGCAAGAGGUCCUUUUGGAAUUUGAUGACGAAGAGCGGACCAGAGAAGCAAUGAUAAGAGAACAAGAAGUCGGACAUAUUGUACAGAGCAUAUCUGAUCUAAAUCAUAUAUUUAAGGACCUGGCACACAUGGUUCAGGAUCAAGGUAGCGUAUUAGACCGAAUUGACUACAACGUUGAACAGACACAGAUACAAGUGCAAGAGGGUUAUAAGCAAUUAAAAAAAGCUGAUACGUACCAAAGAGCGAAUCGCAAAUUAUACUGUAUUAUGGUGCUAACAAUUAGUAUAAUAUUCCUCAGCUUCCUCUUUGUUAUAUUCAAAACCUAGUACAAUUGUAUUAAUAAUAUCACUGAAUUAAGUAAUUAUCGUCCCAUGGUUAUUUAAUUAAUUAAUCACUACAAUGUCGAAUUUAUCCAUAGACAAUUCAUGUGUAUGUAUGUACCUAUGUACAAGUAUAAUAAUGAUAUGUAAUGCUGACAGCUAAUAAAUUAUCAACUAUUUAUUUAAA